UUCUCCUCCUUCUCCAGCUCAACCUCCAUAUUCUGCGCAUUUUCAGACACAAAGGACAAAGCCCUCUUCUUCUCUUCUCUUGCUCUGCUCAGACUGAGCUCUGUUUUUAUGGAUUCAAAAAUAAAGAAGGUGCUGGAGCAGCUCCUGGGCCUGGGCCUGGUUAACUCGCGCAAGGACCGGAGCUCGGUCUCGCUGGUGUGCAAGGACUGGUACGAAGCGGAGCGGUUGUCUCGCCGUCACGUCUUCAUCGGAAACUGCUACUCGGUGUCGCCGGAUAUCGUGACCCGGCGGUUUCCGAACAUUCGGAGCGUGACCCUGAAAGGGAGGCCGCGGUUCUCGGACUUCAAUCUGGUCCCUCCGAAUUGGGGCGGCGAUGUUCAGCCUUGGCUUGAGGUGUUCGCCUCCGAAUGCCCACUUUUGGAGGAGCUGAGGCUGAAGAGGAUGACGGUGACUGAUGAGAGCCUUGAAUUUUUGGCUGUUUCGUUUCCCGAGUUCAGAGCUCUCUCGCUUCUCAGCUGUGAUGGGUUCAGCACUGAUGGCCUUGAAGCCAUUGCCACUCACUGCAAGAAUUUGAUUGAGCUCGACAUACAGGAGAAUGACAUUGAUGAUAAAAGUGGGGACUGGUUAAGUUGUUUCCCUGAAACCUUCACAUCAUUGGAAAUACUAAACUUUGCCAGCUUCAAUAGCAAAGUUGAUUUUGAUGCUCUUGAGAGACUUGUAAGUAGGUGCAAAUCAUUCAAGGUGUUAAAGGUUAAUAAAAGUGUAACCUUGGAACAACUACAAAGUCUUCUUACCCAUGCUCCUCAACUUUUGGAGCUUGGCACCGGCUCAUUUUGGCAAGAGCUCACAGCUGCUCAGCAUUCACAACUUGAAAGAGCAUUUAGCAAUUGCAAGAAUUUGCACACCCUCUCUGGCUUAUGGGAAGCAACGGCCCUUUAUCUCCCAGUUCUGUAUCCUACUUGUACAAAUCUCACUUUCUUGAAUUUGAGUUAUGCUACUUUGCAAAGUUGGGACCUUGCUAAGCUUGUUGCUCAUUGCCCACUCCUCCGGCGCCUUUGGGUCCUGGACACAGUGGAAGACAAAGGGUUGGAGGCUGUUGGAUCGAACUGUCCUUUGCUUGAGGAACUCCGUGUUUUCCCUUCUGCUCCUGACGGUGAUGAUAUUAUCGAUGGGGUGACUGAAUCUGGGUUUGUUGCUCUGUCUUAUGGCUGCCGAAGACUCCGCUAUGUCCUCUACUUUUGUUGGCAGAUGACUAAUGCUGCUAUAGCAACCGUUGCACAAAACUGCCCUGAUAUCACCCACUUUCGUCUCUGCAUAAUGAACCCAGGGCAACCAGAUUACCUAACAAAAGAGCCUAUGGAUGAGGCUUUUGGGGCAGUGGUGAAGACGUGCACUAAACUACAAAGGCUUUCAGUUUCAGGUUUAUUGACCGACCUUACAUUUGAAUACAUUGGGAAACAUGCCCAAAAUUUGGAAUACCUUUCAGUAGCCUUCGCUGGAGAAAGUGAUUGGGGGAUGCAAUGUGUGCUGGAUGGUUGUCCCAAGCUCAAGAAACUUGAGAUUCGGGACUGCCCAUUCGGGGAUGUGGCUUUGCUCUCAGGUUUAGAGAAGUAUGAAUCUAUGAGGUCAGUUUGGAUGUCAGCCUGCAAUGUGACAAUGAACGCGUGUCGCUCAUUGGCAAGUGAGAGGCCGAGAUUGAAUGUUGAGGUAAUGAAGGAUGAUGGGAAUGAUGAAAAUCAAGCUGAUAAAGUCUACGUUUACCGUUCUGUUGCUGGGCCAAGAAGGGAUGCCCCGCCUUUCGUUCUCACGUUUUGAAGAUUGAAGCCUAUUGUGCUCACUCUUUGAAGCUUACAAAAUACAUGAUAGGAACAUCUUGGACAAUUUGGUCCUUUGGGAUUGGGAUGAGAGCAAACAGCAGCAUACAGCUCCCAGUGGCUGGCUGGGUUGAAAUUUCUGUCGUCGGACAUAAACAGAUUUUGAUUCUCAGUUUUACUCGUGUGUUUGAAUAAUUUGCUUCCUGAACAAAUCAGCUGGCGCAUCAGGGCAUUGUUGAUAUCAGACUGACUGGGAUAGGCGUUUCAUUUGGGGGAGGGAGGAGGGAGGAGGGAUUCAAGUCGCAUUUGAGGCAUCUGACAAUUUAACAGCCAGAAGCUAGAGCUUUGACAAUAAAGAACCAGUGAUGUUUUUCGCAUUCAAAUAGUUUCGUUGAGGAAUUACGCGAAGCAGCAGAUCAAUCCGUCAUAGUUGUUGGACUCGUGGAUUAGAUACAUAGUCUCACCAUUGAUUUUGAUAAAUAACAUAGGCAUCUUCCUAAUCCAAGUGCCACUUGAAAGUCGUAUGUUGUUUUGGUCAAUUGCUGUGGAGUGGAGUGGUGGACUAAGAUACGAAUCUCCCAUACUGAGUGAGCAUCAUGAAAUUAUUACUUUAUCUA